GCUACCACUAAAAUCAUCCCUGAUCUUCCAACACCUACAGCACACACACCAUUCCUUAGAGAAGAAGUAGCGAGUCGACAGACAUUAAAGAUCAGAAACAGGAUAGCCAUCUUUCUAGAGGACCAAGCUGAAGGACAAAGUGUUAUUUGCAAUGAACAUCUUGGGUCAUGUGGUCAUCCUGCUUCUGCUGGGGGAAGCAGUUUCCCAGAACAGGCGCAAUUCAAAAUCCAACAGCAAGGUACCAAAUCAGGGCAAGAAGACACUGAACCCUGCUGGUGAGCCUGGACCUGCGGCAUCCAACGAUGACACCUUCCCUGUUGAAUCCUCAUCAGUGGAAGACAGUAAGGACACCACAGUCUACCAGUUAACAAAUUCGAAUGACGACAUGAAACUCUAUUACCUGAAGAAUACUCAAGUAACCUGCAACGACGGAACAACAGCCGGGUUUUAUCUCAGGGAGCACAAAGGGAGCAGACGAUGGCAGAUAUUUUUAGAAGGUGGUUGGUGCUGCUAUAACAAGGAGACCUGCGAUUCCAGAUACAAAAAUAUCCGGCGUCUCAUGAGUUCAUCAGAAUGGCCACAAACUCGGAAAGGAAGUGGAAUUCUUUCAGCGCAGUCUGAAGAAAACCCUCAUUGGUGGAAUGCCAACACAGUAUUUAUUCCAUACUGCUCGAGCGAUGUGUGGAGUGGAACUUCGUCUAAGUCUCGCCAAGGAAAGGAAACAGCUGAAUAUGCCUUUAUGGGAUCCCUGAUCAUCCGGGAGGUGAUUAAAGAUCUAGUUCCCAAGGGUAUUAAACAAGCCAAGGUGGUCAUGCUGUCUGGAGCAAGUGCCGGAGGUACAGGAGUUCUGCUGAACAUUGAGAAAGUUUCCGGUCUCAUGGAGCAGCUUGGGGCAGAUGCACAGGUCCGGGGAUUGGUGGAUUCUGGAUGGUUCUUAGAGAGUAAACAGCAACGAAGCACUGAAUGCUCUGAUACUGCCUCUUGCACUCCUACAGAUGCCAUUAAAAAGGGGCUCAGAUUAUGGAAUGGUGUAAUCCCAGAGAAGUGCCGACAGCAAUUCAAACGAGGGGAAGAGUGGCAGUGUUUUUUUGGACACAAACUGUAUUCAUCUUUAAAAUCCCCUGUGUUUGUUGUUCAGUGGCUUUUUGAUGAGGAGCAAUUGAGAGUUGAAAACAUUCAGCUUGGAAGCCAUUCCCUAACUGAACAUCAGUGGACCUAUAUCCAGAAUCUAGGCAGGGAACUGAAAAUCUCCUUCCAAGAUGUGCCGGCAGUCUUUGCUCCAGCGUGUCUGUCACACACAUUGAUUACUAAAAGUAAUUGGUUGGAGUUUCAGGUGAAGGGGACUUCUCUCUCCAGAGCAUUGCAGUGUUGGGACAAAAGCCUUCAAGACACCAGCAAGAACAGCAAGGCAUCAGUCAAGGGCUGCCCCUUCCACCUCAUUGAUAACUGCCAGUGGCCCCAGUGUAACCCCACCUGCCCUGCCCUGCUUGACCACACCACGGGGCAGGAGGUCAGCCUGCUACAAGUCCUAAUGGGGAUGGGUUUUGAUCUACAGAAGGUAGCACAGGAGCUGAAGAUAGAAGUUAGUCACCUGCUGGGUAUGAUCAGUAACGGGGGCUAAGAAAGAGCUGUUGAAAUAUGAAGCACUGCAAAAUUCAAUGUUAUUGUAGUGGAACGUAAAUUAUCUAAACUGUAGGUUAGGUGGGGUGACCUUUGGGGACUGAAUUAGCAAGGCACUUAAAACAUUUACAGCUAUAUAAGACAAUUUCUUCCGUUCCUAGUUCCUCUCUCAUUGACAUUCUGCCCUCAUUGUAAGACUAUAAGGGAUUUACAGCUCAAUAAAAAGAAUGUCAUUAUAUUGCUGUGCAUAGAUCCUGUUAUAGUUUUCUAAAGUGGGCGGGCUGUUGCCAUCGUUCCACGUCACCUUUAAAUUGAACUUACUCACUGCGCUGCUACUGAUGCUUACAUUUAUUUAUAUCAAGUGAACAUGCCUCCAUUGCUUCGGAGAGCCUACUUUCAGAAAUGUUGACCACUUUCACUGAGAAUAGCUGGGGCACAUCUGUGGACCACUGCAAGAAACCCAUAGCUGUAUGUCUGAAACAUGGACAAUGAGUUUGCCAUUGUCACUUUGGGUUUCAGUGUGCCAGAAAUAUCAAACUAGAAGGUCUUCACUAUGGGAAUAUGAAGGAAUACAAGUUUCUGUACACUGGUUAACUUUUUUUUAUGACAGGACUACCAAGAGAAAGUAAAAAAUGAAUAAAGCUACAUAACCAAAUUGCCUCAAUCAAUAGGCUGUCUGCCCUGUGUUGGGAUGUUACAGUACACAAGACAAAUAAAUGUGAAUCAGAUGACACCAAGUGUGCUGUAUUAAAACCUGACAGCAUCUCACACGGACAGAUGUUGUAGAAUAAUAGCUAUAACCUAUGAAUAUAUUCUUCUAUUAUAACAGUAUGUUAACUUAUCUUAAUUGUUAUUAGUUUUUAUAUUUAUAAUAACGCUAUUAUAGUGUUUGUUAAUUUACACUAGCUGCUUCAUAAGAGUACAGUAUAUACUAAUUAAUAACCUUAUAAUGUUCACUGAAAGGAUAAAUGUACCAUUGUCUGUUGCUGUAAGCAUCCUGCCAUGACAUCUGUUGUCAAACUGACAUAGUUAAAAACUCUUUGUUGAAUUAACUGCUGCUCCUGCUGCUAUAAUAUAAUGAUAACUGUACUACUAUUGUUCUGUAAUGAUAACAGUGCAGUAUAACACUCUUUUUUUAGAAUCGGAAUCAUCUGACUAGUUGUGAAAUACUGAAAUGUUAUAAGCACGUCCCGGAUGAUUAUGGCAGAUUUAACAUAUCUGGAAAUCAAAUGUAGUUUUCAACUGGUUUCACAUAAAUUAGCACUACCUUAAGUAUUGAUUUCUGAAUAGUUAUAAGGGACAAGGGGGCAUUCUGGUCUUUUCUGACAUGUUUUUAUUGUAAAUAAUUAAAAUCUGAUUAUUUUUCUUUUAAAUACACAAAAAAUCUUUAUAAUAAACAAAUUAUGUUUACUGACGAGCAGUUUUCUGCAAGUCACUGGCAAAGGUAAAUAUAUACGCAUGGUAAAUUGAGAUUGAAGAAUUUUUCUACAGUUGUUAUGGGUAGAUUAAGAGACAAAGCUGAGGUUUUUUUUUUUUUCCCUAAUACAAUAAUGGAAAACGUGAACACAUUCAGCCUCCAAUCAGUGUUAAGCAGAACAGAAUACAAGUACUGGCUCUGGACCACAUUUUAUUGUUAGUUGGUGGGCAUUUAUUGGUCUUAUCUAUUUUCACAUGCUUAUCCAUUUAUAUCAGCUGUCUUGUGGAAUGAUAUUUGUAUUCAUAAAUUGUAUAACAGUAAUGAAAUGUAAAAAUAUACAAUAAAUAUAAAGGUUGGAAUUCAA